UUCGGUAGUAGACUACUAACGUAGUCUUUCAUUCUGGGAGCUGCAGAUUGAACUUUUCUCCAGCUGAGAUGAUGUUGUUUGAAAAUGCUGGCAAAGGUGCAAUACGGAGGAGUCCAGAAGUACAUCAAAGUUCCACAGAGAAAUGAAAACUGUGAUUACCUCCAAUUUCUUCAUGAGGUAACAGAAAAAUUUAGUCUGCAAGCCAGUGGCUUGAGUACAGAUGAGCUCGUCUUAACUGAUGAAGCGGGCACUGAAGUCGAUGCAGACAUAUUUGAUGAGCUGGUUAAGUCUGGUGUCCUGAACUUCAAAGUUAUAAGCGGCCGGUGUCCAGUAGCAGAUCUGGACAUUCAGAUAGUAGCAGAUGAAUUGUCUUCAUCAGUAUUGCCUGACCCUUCAGCAUCACCUGCUUCUUCAGUUUCGUCUGAUUCAACCGUUAUCCUAACAUCCACAAGAAAGAGGGACUUGAAUGAACUGGAUCGUGAUGAAGCAAGCCAGAUGGUUGAAAGUGUGCUAAGGUCCAAUGCAAAGGGUGAAGAAAUUUUUAAAGAGUACGCCAAAACUAAAUCACUGUCAGAUGCAGUGCGUAGAUGCAUGGUGAACAUUCUGGUUGCAGACAUGAUUCAGUCACAUGGAAGGAUUCCACCAACUAGUGUGCGGACUAGCUAUGCCCUUGGAAUUGUGACUCUUUUUCCAUACCUGCAGGAUCCAUACUCUAAAAAUGGAUAUGAACAUUACUAUGAUCCAGUGGCCAAUACUGGCUAUCUUGCCUGGAGGCUGAAGACUGUUCAACGCAACACCAACGAUGGUUUUCACAGAAGUUCCAGGCCUAAUUUUAAGGAUAGCCCAACAGCUCAAAGAGAAUCUCUGUUAACUGGUGAACAGCUCUUUGGUGAGGAGUGCAGAGAGGCACUGUCUGUCAUCAGACACUCAACAGAUAAUUGUGUCAUUAAAGAGAAAAUGAGAGCAACAUUUGAGUACAGACAGAAGGUGGUUCAUGACAAGGAUGCAGCAUCUUCGAUCUUGGAUGUAUUCCCUCGUUUCCUUGACAUUCCCGGACUGAUUGAACAGGAUUUUUCCCUCAUGUUUGGCAAUGAAGUAUCUGGACGGUUUCUUGCAAAAUGGUCUUCAUAUUUCAAGAACAAAGUCAUCACAGAAUGCCAGAAUCUUCCUUCAAAUCUUUAUGUUGAGGAGCUGCUGACAGCCUUUGACCCUUUGACUGAGAAUAAAUCUGGAUGGGAUGGUGGUAUGUCAGCUAUCCUGUUGCUGUUACAUCUCCUGCCCCCUACAUCAAGAGGCCAGAAAAAAAUGGCUAAGAUGAGCUCAGCGCAAGCAGCAAACCACCUUUUAAGAUUUGUUAAGGAAGGAGCCAGCAUCACUACUUUUCUUGAGAAAGUGGAUCAAAGACAGCCCUUCCUCCUUUGCAUUGGUCAAGAAAAGAAGACAAUCCAAAGGUUCUUCAUCAUUGUGGACCAGAAGGCAAUCCCAUGCAAGGCUCAGACAUCAGUGGCUGCUUUUGAUGAGCUAUUCAAAGCUCACUUCGUCUUCAGUCUCUCCUAUGAUGAAGCUCUCUGCAGUUUCUACACAUUCAUUCAAACAACCGUGUACAACAUUGACGUUGGAAAUGCAAAAGAAACCCCACGGGUCAAGGAACUUAGAGCAAGACUACUGCGAGAGCGCUGAUGUGCCAUCUGUUUUGACAGGUCAGAAAACAGUUAAAACAUUCAAGUAUGUUCACAUGUUUUGUUUGUAAAGUGCACCACAAAAAUUGUUCAGUUCUCUGUCAGCAUUUAAAAUUUCAGCAUGGUUUAUAUCCUGCCAAGACCUUGCGUUUAAAAUGCGGAGAGCAAGGAUGUACAUCAUCUUUUUGUACAUACAGUGGCUUCAGAAAGCACGUUAACAAUGCUCAUAGGCAAUUCCAUGAUUAACAAGUUGAUAUUAAUCAAGACACAGCAUCACAAAAACAAUUUGAGAUAGAAAUUUCCAGUGACCAGCCAACAACUUCUCAUUCCAUGUUGCGGGCCCCACCUGUGUCCUCCCACAAGGUGGUUGAUAAAAGUGACAUCUCAUCAAUGUGUGGGUCAAUUGUUGCACAUUUACAAGCUUCUGGUCUUUCUGAAAGCACUGUACAAACAAUAGUUUGUUCAAUGGAGGAAGUUAUUUGUGAUGUUCAGAGCCAAGAGAUUUGAAUUUGGCCCUAUAAAAAUGAAAACACUUGAUGGCUUAGAAGGUGGAGAAGGGUUGAGUCAGUUAUUACAUAUGGACACAUCUUCAGAUGUUUCAACCACCAACUGGGUGAAAAAUUAUGGAACUGAGUAUCAUGUAGAUUUGUUCAUUUGCACUGGCACAUCAAGUGACCUACCGGUUUUCAAAAAGAUCUGCAACAUUGUAAUAUAUGAACAGCAUGCUUUUGUAAUAGGUUGUGCUGUUAAUACAAUGUAUUUUGAUGACCACUUUCAUGCAUUUUGUGUAGAGGAGAAAAAUAAUGAACAUGAUGUCAUCUGUGUUGAUAAGUUGACUUAUUUUAGACCCUUUGAUAAACAAUACUCUAAUGACAGUGAGGUAGCAUACAUUGUUCCAUACUGUUACAUGUUUUAAAAGUAUAUUUUAAAAAGUUAAUGUGGUGCAGAGUUUUAAAAAUAAAUGUUUUAACGUUAA